AUUCAGCUGUUUCAAUGCUAAGUCAAUUUUCGAUAAGAUCGAACACAAAUUCGCCCAGCCCAUUUCCAUAUAAAUAGAGCUCCGCCUGCCGAGAGCGGGCAGUGAAGUGAGAUUACUGCACUAGACCCAAAAUGUUGCUGUACACCCUGGUGCUGGCGCACGUCGUCCUUACCCUUUUCCAUGGCUCCCUGGCUGAGAAAAUGAUGCGGCCAAAGUUCAAGGACAUUAAGAUCUGGAGCGACGAGAAGUUCGUCAGCCACAAGGUGGUCUACGACAGCAGCGACCCGCACCUGAAUUUCAGCAUGGAGGUUCACCAGGAGCUGCACGACGUGGACAUCCAUGUGGAGGCUCGCAUCACCAACAAGCAGGACCCGCUCUACACCACCACUCUGAACACCACCCUGAACGUGUGCCGCAUCCUGGGCUUCGCCAACAAGUCCCCGGUGGGCCGCUUUGUGCACGGAUUCAUCCGCGAGUUCGGCAACAUCGUCGAGAACUGCCCCAUCGCCAAGGGCUCCUAUUUCAUCAACAAGUUUUGGUGGCCGGAGGACCCAACCACCGCCAUCCUGCCCGAGCUGGAGUUCGAAAUCGUCUGGCAAGCCAUGCACCUUGACGCCAGCAAGAAGCGCACUCUGAUCAUGAACGAUCACUUCGGCGGGGAGUUCGUCGUCCAGGACGUGAACAACCUCAAGCCCGGCAUAUUUGCAAUGCUGCCAAAGAUCGCCUAGAUCCAGCUUCGUCGAGCGUCCCAAUGGUAUUUACUUAAAGUUAUUCAUGUGUCACUAGGUGUUUCCCAGAAAGCAAGCAAAUAAAGUUGCCCCUUAAAGAGCAAA